AUGAAGUUGACGUGCUCUCGGUUGUGGUCAGAGGAGUUGUCGUUGACGAGCUCGCGGUUGUGGUCGUUGGUGUCGUCGUUGACGUGCUUCCUGUCGUGCAGAGGAGUUGUCGUUGACGUGCUCUCGGUUGUGGUCAGAGGAGUUGUCGUUGACGUGCUCUCGGUUGUGGUCAGAGGAGUUGUCGUUGACGUGCUCUCGGUUGUGGUCAGAGGAGUUGUCGUUGACGUGCUCUCGGUUGUGGUCAGAGGAGUUGUCGUUGACGAGCUCGCGGUUGUGGUCGUUGGUGCCGUCGUUGACGUGCUUCCUGUCGUGGUUGAUGAAGUUGACGUGCUCUCGGUUGUGGUCAGAGGAGUUGUCGUUGACGUGCUCUCGGUUGUGGUCAGAGGAGUUGUCGUUGACGAGCUCGCGGUUGUGGUCGUUGGUGCCGUCGUUGACGUGCUUCCUGUCGUUGUGGUUUGA